ACUUGAGAAUUUUCCAUUUAUGCUUUAAACGCUUAGGCGCGCCUAGACUACGCCUAAUCGGACAAGGCUCAAAUCAAGAACCGAGCGCCUACCUUACGCCUAGCGCCUUUUAGAACCUUGGUCUUUAUGAGAGAAGUUUCUUGAUGGCUAUUGUUUAUCGACAUGACAAUAUGUUCAAUGUUAGUUUAUGGUAUCAACAAAAGACAAGUUUUGUGUACUUUUAUGCGGUAAUGUUAGUUUCUUCCCCUCCAUCCUUUGGAAAACAAGAACCCUCCAUGCGACUGACCUUGUUGGGCUUCUCGUCACUCACCACUCCCAACUCCUCCAUGGAAGAGAAGAGGUAGUUAAUUCUAGUUUUUUUUACCGUUAAUCCGAGCCUCUAUGUGAUUACUUUUAUGGAGAACCGUUUCCAUUUUUAUGGGGCCAAUAAAGACACUCCGAUUUCAGCAUGCUCCUAUGCUUACUCCUCCUCCUCGAGUGCCAAAAAAAGGUAAAAACUAAUAGCCAUAAUACCCAAACCAUUAAAAAAAUUAGGGUAAAUACAAUUUAAUAUCCAAACCUUUUAUUUUAAACAAUAUAAUAGCCAAACCUUUUCGAAAACAAUAUAAUAUCCAAAUCAUCAACUUUCCCUCCGUUUGACCGUUGGUUGACACUUCAAAAAAGCUUUGUUUAGGGGAAAUUGUCGCAAUACAACUUUGUUUUCUUGUUUUGGCAUUACAGAUGACUGAAUAUUUAGAUAUUCUAUACCAUCAUGGUGGAGUCAUGGACUUCUCGGGUUUGGAACCACGAUAUGUCGGUGAUUUUUCAGAGAAGAUAUCGAUGGAUAUUGAUGAAGCGUCGUACUUCAAUUUUUUUUUGAAGUGUCAACUAACGGUCAAACGAAUGGAAAGUUGACGAUUUGGAUAUUAGAUUGUUUUCGAAAAGGUUUGGCUAUUAUAUUGUUUAAAAUAAAAGGUUUGAAUAUUAAAUUGUAUUUACCCAAAAAAUUACAUGCCCUAGCUCAAGCAAUUUAUUAAUUGGUGUUCAACGGUCUGGUCCAGGACCUGGGCAGAUCGAACCAUGAAAAUUAUGGUAUAAAAGUAAUUAAAACGCAAGUAUCAGAAUCGAAUCAUUGGAGUAUUUUAUCCGGUUUAAUUUGAUUCAGAUAUUGAUAUUGUGUGUUAAAUUUUUAAAAUUUAGAAAUUCACGAGAACGAGGAACCAGGCCACACAUCCUAUUCAUUCCGGUUUGGCCCGAUCCGAACAAAUCAUGGCAUACCCUCUAUAAUUUACCACUUAAGUACACAAAUGAUCACUUAGUUUUUAACAUCUUACCAAAUGAUAACUUACUUUUACCCUAAUUAACCAAUUAAUUAACUACAGAAAAUGCCAUCCAUUACUCUCCAAACCCAGCCCAACUCCACCCUUGACUCACCAUAGCCCAAUAUCCCUCCCCUCCAAAAUGGCCCAAACACAUUUAUCUUCAAGGCCCAACCAGCCCGACACCAUUUCCCGCCUUGGAUUCCUUUCCGCCAACUGUCACGCACUCUCUCUUUCGGAAAAAAUAAUAAGACCGUUGUUGUUCAUAUUACCGUUGCAGAUUUCGCCCGUUGUGUUCUUCUUCACAAACGCAUAUUUAUACAACCAAAUCGAUCAAUUGCCACUCCCACCAUCAGUCCUCCCUCUCCUUCUUCUUCCUCCCUCCAAUUUCAAUUCUUCCUCAUUACAUCAAACCAGAAGAAGGAAAAUUCAAAUUCCCCCCAAAGAAGAAAGAAAGGGAAAACAGAGGACAGUCAAAAUGGGGAUCGGCAGCGUAACUCUGGGCUCCGGCGGCGCAACCAGCGACCGCCACUACAACGUCCACAAGGCCUUCCUCCUCUGCAACUACCUCCUCCUCGGCGCCGCAUCGGCCUGCAUCUUCCUCACCAUCUCCCUCCGCCUCAUCCCCUCCAUCUGCGGCUUCUUCCUGCUCCUCCUCCACGUCUUCACCAUCGCCGGCGCCGUCGCCGGAUGCGCCGCGGCCUCCUCCGGCGGCGCCUGGUACGCCACCCACAUGGUGGCCACCGUCCUGACGGCGAUCUUCCAGGGGUCGGUCUCUGUUCUGAUAUUCACCAGAACAGGGGAUUUCCUCGGGGAGCUGAAGUCGUACGUGAGGGAGGACGACGGCGCCGUCAUCCUCAAGCUCGCCGGUGGGCUGUCGGCGUUCGUGUUCUGCUUCGAGUGGAUCGUGCUGGUUCUGGCGUUUUUUCUCAAGUACUACGCUUACAAGGAAGGCGACGGUGGUUCUGCCGCCGGCGGGUUAAAGAGGGGGAACGCUAGGGUCCACCAGGGUGGAGAUGAGGACUUGAAGAACUGGCCCUGGCCCUUCCAAGUCUGAACAAAAAGCCCACCAAAUUAAAAAAAAAAAAAAAAAAGAAGCCCAGCAUGUACUAUGAGCUUAUGAUAUCGCACUGUAUUAAUUCCAUUUGUUUGAUUGAUUAUUUUCCAUGUAAUUGUGUUGUAAUUUUAGGUAGACUGCUGAUCUACGUGAAAUGCUACUACUGCAAUUGAAAUAUUAGUAAUUAUCCUUAUAUUCCACAGAUUUUUCAUUAUGUUUAUCUGUGUUCAUUAUUGUGACGAAUUUUUCUCCACAACCGCAAAAAGACGUUAAUCGGAUGUGUUUGUAUUGAAACUAUAAGAGACCGACCUUUCUGUGGCUCGAGACUCUAAUAGGCAAUAGCUGUGCAAUAUACUUGAAUCAAAUCCCUCCCAAAUUAAAGGUAGAACAUUCCAGAUGUUUCUCAUCAUAUCAUUGAACGAACCAAGCAUCUCAAACGACAUCCAGCCUCACAAUCAAAAUCAUACAUCAACCUCAUCGUUAACGUAGUCAAAAAUGAGUUUUUAUGUAGAAACGUUUUGGUGAUCUAGAAGUUUAAAAUCGUAAGUUUUUAAGUUUUAAAGCGGAGUUGUUAAUUACAUAAGUUAUAAACACUGAGAUUUUGUGUAAAAGCGUUUUAGUGACCUAGAAACAUAAAAUCGUAAGUUUUUA